AUGGGUGUUCUAUCGAGGUUGUUUCUUGUGACCGUCUUGCUGCCUUGUGUUUUGGGCCAAGCGCAAGCAGAGUGUUUUGGUGCUGGUAGCGUCGCUGGUGCAGCUAUCGGUGCAUUUAUUGGAGCUCUUUUACUGGUCGCAGCCGCGUAUUACUUAAGAAAAUUGUAUUGGAAAUCACGCAAAGGAAAACACCUCGUAUUAACGACGGACCCGGAGUCCGUGAAAGAUGAAUUCGCCUUCGACAACCCAGGGUUCAGACAGGACGAGCGACAGACGUGGAGGAAUGAAGCGCCGACGCUGCCACUUGGAGGGAAGCCCAGCGCACUUCAAGCUGAGUUCACGAAACCCGAACAGAGCAAGGACGAUUCACACUUACAGCGCGCGAGGAUCCGACGCGUCAAACUGUGGGCGCGUGACUUCACCGGGUUGGGGCUGCGGUGCGGUGGCGGCGCGCGAGAGGGCGUGCACGUGCACUCGGUGCUCCGAAGUGGACCAGCCGCGGCUGCCAACUUACAGCCAGGCGACAAAAUCAAAAGCAUCAAGAUCGAGUUAACGGGCACUCCGCUAGAAGAUGCCGUUGCAAUCCUCUCGCUAGCGUCACCUUAUCCUGUAGAGUUGGAGAUAGUGGAGGGGGGAAGGGCGAGUGGGGGAGGAUGGGGUGUGAGACACCCGCUACUGAAGAGGGCGGGCUCUAUGGGGGAUGUUUGUACGCUCGAGAAAGAAGCGAGACUUUUACAUCCACCCAGAUCGCCAAACACAUCAAAUUCCAAUAACUCUACAUUAGAAACCAAACAAGGAAAGGGUGGAAUCAAGAAAAUAUUAACAGAAAAGAUCAUAACAUCAACAACAACUCUUGAAAGAAACAAGAAGGAGAAGAAAGAUGGGGCGGCACCUACCACAUUAGAAAGAGAAAACGAAAAGAACCUUAAAAUGAACAGUAAAACUAGACAUUCUGAUAUAACACCUGGCUUAAGCAAACCUGAGAGGAACAAAAAUAGACAUUCUACCGGAAGCGACAUCCAAAUUAUACAGCCAGAGAAUGGGAUAACACAAAUCGAGCAAGCUGAAGUCCAAAAAAGAGAUUACGAUCCCAAAAGAGGAAUGAAAUUUGGUAUAAGAGUUCUUCCACCAAAUGUCCCUGAUGAUGGUGUUCUGAAACAAAAGAGUACAGAAAAUGGGACGGUUGUUUUAGAAAAGACUUCAAUCGAUGAACCAGAUAAACCAGACCUCCAACGGCCAGCACCUACUACACAAAUAAAACAUGAAACGGAAACAGAAACUAAGAAACCUGUUGUCGCUAAAAGAAGAGAAAAAAUGGCGCCACCUGUACCAAAUGCACGUGUCAAAACGAAUGAAUCUGAAACUUCCCUAAACACAAGUGUAGAUACUUCGAAAACAUCUGAAACCUCUAUGUCGAGUUUUGCAAGAAGCGACCUUAAUUCUAGUGGAAUAAAAAGAGACGAGAAUGGCAUACCCCAAGAGCUACCACCACAUAUGUUUGAAGCAGCCAAGGCUGCUAGAAGCAACAGAAGAAGUUCAGCAGAUUUAGUUCAGGAUAAAGUUGAGCUGAAAAAAGAAGAAGCACCUAAACCAAUAAAGAAAUCAAAAGGAAAAGCACCAUCUCCCCCCGAUACUGAAAAAAAUAAAACUGAUGAUAGUAUUUUAGAACAAUUAAAGAAAGUAAGCGAUUUUCUUAGUAAUGAAAAGCAACAUUCUAGUUUGUUACAUGACAUGUCUUUGACACCUAACAAGUCAUCUACGUCCAUGUCAAUAUCUCACAAUACCUCUACGCCAAAGGUCAUAAAAACCAAAACAUCGCGAAUCGACGAAUCUAUAAACUUUAGUCAAGAUGAUAUUGACGAUAUAGUAUCGAAGCCUUUUAAGAGAGAAAGCGAUUCAUUAAACAAUUUCUUUGAAGAUUCUAAAUCCAAUCUUUCUUCAAAUCAGGACGUUCAUUCCGUCGUAUCGUUAAAUAACAGCGAUAAGAGUGAAAAGGGUUCAACUACAAUAGAACUUAAUAAUAGUGACAUCACUAUACAUAGUUCACCGUUAAAUGAAACGGGUAAUUCAGCCUCCGAUGAUGUGUCUUUAUUAGAUGAAAAUGAACGUAAAGCAGCGUCCUUGGGAGAUUUGUCUAGAUUUGAACUUAGAGCUAAGAUAAAUAAGCCAUCCACCGGCACAUUAGAAAGGGCACAAAGCUUAGAUAUAUCAGCAGAUGAUGCUGAAAUUCAAGAAAGUACUUUGUCACCGAAAAAGCGAAAGGCUAUGUCCGUCGUUGAAACAACAUUUUUUGAUUCAACCACAGAAGAUGUCUUACCAGACAUGAUUGAUCCAGAAAAGGGUGUUGUCUUAAAACAAAAGGAGCCAAGAUUGAGCUUAAAUAUAGCUAAAACAUCUGCCAUAGAAGGUCUUAACACGUUCCAGAGAAAUCGCUUAAAAAAAGCAUCAGAGUUCGGUAACUUAGAAGACGCGAUAGUGAAAGGAUCAAGUAGUUCUAUUGAAUCCGACAAACAAGAAGUUCAAGACGUGAUAGUUAAAAAAUCACAGAGUAAAGAAAUGGAUACGUUAAAAGAAAGCGAUGACCAUGAAACGUCGGAUCAUUUGGCGAGGCGAAUAAUGGAUGAAAAUUUGAAAGUACAUUUCAAACUUGUAUCUGAAUUUGCGAAGUCAACAUCAGACGGGAGCAAUGCGAGUUCCUUAGAAAGUAGCCAAGAAGUUAAAACGAGUACUGAAAAUAAAACUUCACCAAUAAAAUAUGAGGAGAAAAUAAGUAUGAAUUUAGAUACAAAUAUUCCAGACGAUUUAAAAAUGUCACGUAAUACAUAUGUCAACAGCUUAGAAAGACCUAAGUCUGAUAUGAUGAAGAAACUGUUAGCUAAAAAUCCCAUUUUCAACGUACAUGUUGAACAAACAUCGCAGAAAUAUGAAGCUUCUUCUUCUACUAGCAAAGAUUUACCAACGAUGACAGAUUCAUACAAAUCUACCAUGCAUCAGCCAGACAUUGUCAAUUUCGAUUUAAAAACUAUAGAGCCAAAAGCCAGAGAAUAUGAUGAAUUUGUUAGUAAUAUAAGAGUGGGAUCAAACAACAAUAGCUUGACUAAGAAACCACAGGAAUCAGUCUCCACGGAAUGGUCUGAAAUCAAAGAUGGACAUGGUGGCAAUGUUGUUACAAUAUCAACAAAUAAUAAAAAUAUGUAUUCAGAAGAAAAAAGAAAAUCUUACACUAAGUCUAUAGAGAUAGGGGAACCAGUAAUGAGAAUAGUACCGGAUGUGAUAGAAGGCAUUAAAAGUAGAAACGACCAAAGAGAGAACAGAACUUUGUAUAUGGAACCAGGGAACGUUUCUCUCACAAUGACACAAGAGCCUAUUCAGAAAACAGUUACAGUAAAUAUGACCGAAGAUGAAUAUGGAAAUAAAGUGAUCACACAAAACGUAGAAAAGUUUUCUACCCAGUACCUAACUACUAGAACAGAAGCGCCAUUACAGAUCGAACAAAUGAGUUUCGGAAUUAUGAAAAAUUCUGGCGAUAUAAGUGAACUGAACUUAGAAGAGGGUGCAAUUAAAGAUUUCGACAAAAGAAUAUUGGAUGAAAUUAAACGACAAAAUCCUAACAUGCAUUUCACAUCUGAUGAACCGUCGUAUACGAAAACAGAGACAAUUAUACUAAACACCACAGAAUUAGAUGAAGAACAAGCAAAAGCAUUAAUGGAAAAACUUCAGAACGAUCCUAGUUUCAUGGCGCAGAAAACACCAGAAGAACUGUCACGGAUGGGAAUAAGAAUAAUCAGAGAUAUGGAAGAUGAACAAACUAUCAGUCAAGAUUCUGUGGAAGUUUCCAAAACAAGAUAUUCAAUUAAUCCAACUCUAAUGUCAAUAACACAAAAAUAUGCUAAAUCUGAUAAUACGGCAGAAAAGGGAAAUCUGGCAGAGGAAAGAAUAGAGAAGGAUCAUAUAACAGAAAUUCAAGUUGUUACGCCUCGAACAGAAAAGAUGAAGCAAAAGAAAGAUGAAACGAGCAAAGAUAAGGAUAAAAUAGCUAGUAGACAAAGAUCACCAGUUUACAGAGAACCAAUGUUGUCAUACGAACUCGAUAUAGAACUCCUUAACGAUUUUAUUCUAAACGAAAGGCAUCACACAGCUAAACAGUUGAACGAAAUAAAGAAACGAACGAAAAUCGAACCAAAGAAAAGGCAUGCAGACUUUGAUUUACCAAGGAACAGUCAUAUUAAAUUCCGUACAGCGACUUAUGAAUCUCCAAAAGGGACGAUCGUAACUAGCACGGACCUGGAAAACCGUAGACUUUCACAACUAGAUCAAAUGCAACUAAGAGCGAAUAACGAUCAGCCAGUUGUCAGUCAGAAACCGACAAUUUCGGCCAAACCAAGCAAUAUACCGGUAAAAAUGUCAGAGAAAACGAAACCCGUGUCACAGGGAGUCUCGUCAAAAAUACCCGUUUUCGCAACCGUGAAAUCAUUUAGUCAAGAAAAUUUAUCGGAAAAAAACUUCUCACUACCUCGUUCGCCGCCACCAAGUCUAAGUGGUAGUUCUGGAAAUAUAUCCGUUACUUCUAUAAUUAAGACUAGUUCCAGAAGUCCUAGUGGGGGUAUGAUAUAA